AUGUCCCUGGCUUUCACUUCAUUAGGGCUUUCUCCUGCUUCUCGAUUGUAUGCAAAGGGCGGGUCCAUAGCACUUGGGCUCCUGCGCCCCAGCGCUGUAGGCGUUGAACGGUGCAGGUGCUACUCAAAAAAGGCAAGUAGCAGUAAUACGGUUUCUGAGAAGGCGGUCGGUCCAGCUAAGGAUCCUUCUAAUAAGAUUUAUAAGCUAAUCUCGAAGUCAAAACUUUUGACAAGGCUCAGCAAAAGACCAGCUAUUGGCCACUACUUCGAUAAACUUGCCGAAACAAGCCCUGUCAGUACAAUAUCCUCCUUUCUGAUCUUGCAUGAAAUUACGGCCAUAGUUCCUCUUUUUGGGCUUUGGUGGGUGCUUUACUCAUUAAACCUGAACGAGCAAUAUGAGCUUCCUCUCUAUUUUAAAGAGUUACUUGAUCAAUGCGGCGACUCAAUUGAAAAGCUAGUGGGGGAUCGUUCCCAGGGCUUCGAUAGAAACCGACUGGUCCUAUCUGGUGCCAUUUCUUACGCCAUAGUGAAAAUUUUGUACCCUGCUAGAGUAUUGUUUAGUCUCUGGGCUGCACCUUACUUCUUCAAGUGGUUCUUGGGCCCUUUCAAGAAACUGGGAAGCCUACUGCGGCCGGGCAAGAAAUCAAGCUAG